AUGGAAAAGAACAUCUGCUAUCGGCAACGAAGGAGAAAAGAAGUCGUCUACGACGAUUGCGUACUCGAGGACUCCUUGUCCCAAGGUGACUGGCACAUCGAGGAGGACCCAAACGUGGACUACGAGAUGCUGCUCAGAGGAUUACGAGCCUGUGCUGAACGUGCCUCGAAGCCGCACACGACAAACUUGGAUCGGAUUUCGAAGACCACCAGGGAAUUGUUGGAAAGAAGAAGGGCUUUGAGGCUUGAUCCGAAUGUGUCGCACAUUGAACGGUUAGUAGCAAACACUAGCUGCAGAAAAGCGUUGCAGGAGGAUCUUAUGAAGUACAGGCAGAAGAAGAUUCUGGAAGCAGCACAAAGAAGAACAAGUCUGAAGAAGUGCCGCAGGGAUCUCCGCGAAUAUAAUAUUCCGCUAGCAACCUUGCUGAGCGAAGACGAGACUCGCACGUCUUCUCGUCGAUGGAGAUGGAAAUCAUAA